UCUCUUCUCACUGCGGCGAGUACAACCUUUCCUUCUUACUCUUCCCGCUCCUGCUGUCCGUACACACGUACUCUCCGCGUCUACGUAUUCCAACCGUAUAAAGUACGUAUACGUGUUGAAUUCCCAAAUCCGUUGGUUUUGGACCGUCGGAUUGGGGAUGGAGGGAACUUACAACGAAGAAGCAGCGACGGCUGAGGAUGCUUACAACAUCAAUUUGGUCCCUUCGGAAUUGUUUCUCAAAUUCAGGAAGGAGAUUGAAGGACUCCGAGUCGGUCUCAAUUUGGAGUUCUAUAAUUUUCAGAGCAAUGAGUACCAGGCGAAGCUGGUAUUAAAGCCUUUGGCACGGAGGUGGAAGUUUGUUUACGAGCCCCUAAAUGGGGAUAUACGCCUUCUAUCGAAAAAGAUCCCCUUAAAUAGAUAUAUCAAUCUUCAGGUUGGAAUAGGCCAUAACUUCCAAUACAAUGCAACUGGAUGGAAAUGGAAGCUUUCUACGAGUUUGGGUGGGGAUGGUGUUUCACAGAUUCGGAACAAAACAACGGUCGGCUUGUUCCCAGGAUUUGAUUUGCGGUUUGGCUGGAGGGCUGAGUACAUCCUUCCCGAGAUUCAUGGGGCCAUGGGCACUGGGGAACCGAUGUUCAACAUGAACUAUGGACGGUUGCAAGCAUCAUUAGAUAGAGUAGAGGCCAUUGCAACUCAUACCACAUUAAGAGAUGCUUGUUGAAGGGGGAAUCUGGCUCGAUAAUUCAACUGGAACGAAGAAAAGAUAUGCAAGUGAAAACUGUAAAUACGGACUGAUAUGCGGUUUGAUGAAAUCGAAUGGCAGAUGCAUUAGCGGAUGUGUACAUAGUGCCUGCUAUUGUUUUCGGGAUAUCCAAUGGGUGAUGAAUGGUAGCAUUACACCAAGGUGAUUUUAUUUUAUUUAUUUUCCUUCUCAUUUCAAUAUGUAUACCAUGAAUGAAGAAAGUAGGUGGGCCCAAGACUGAUAAUGCUCAUGGGUCCCGUUAUGGAUCGGGUGUGUAUUUUAUACAUUUUAUUCGUAUUUUGUCUAA